AUGCCCUCUGAGGCAAGAUCAUUGUUCGAGCUCACCAGGCUCCACUGGUUUCCAGUGGGGAGUGACUUGAUUUUUUGGCCCUUCGGUUGGGGCUUCCUGUUAGCAGCCUAUCAUGUGGCGUUGCCCAUGAACGAAGUUGUGAAAGAUUUCCUGUUCUAUGCAUUGCUGGGCACACUGGUGCACAGCGCAGGAUGUGUCAUAAAUGACAUGCUUGACCGCGACUUCGAUCGCAAAGUUGAACGUUCAAAGGGUCGACCGAUCGCAUCAGGAGUUGUCUCUAGGUCGGAGGCUUCAGUUCUUUUGGCUGUUCUCGUUGCUGCUAUCUAUUAUAUGUUUUCACGUACCGGCACUCCAGCUUUCAUACUUGGUAUCAUUGGGCUCCCUGCGUGUGGUGGUACGUAUCCGCUGAUGAAGCGCUGGAUGCACUGGCCUUCUUUGUUCCUUGGCUUUGCUGCGAGCUGGGCCGUCCCAUUCACUUGGGUUGCGACGACGGGUCAGUUCAAUUGGGAUAUGAUCCUACCAAUCGCAAUUGCGUCGUGCUGCUGGACAUGUCUUUACGACACCAUUUACGCAUGUCAAGACAGGAAGGACGACGAGAUGGCCGGAGUCAAGUCUAUGGCGGUCAGUCUGGGUGAAGGCAUUCGUCCUGCGUUGAGUCUGUUUGACUUGACCUUCUUUGUGUGCCUUUCGUGGGCUGGGUACUUGAACGGCCAACACCUCUCGUUCUAUGUGAUGAGUGUCAUUGCACCGUUCCUCCUCUGUCUCUGGCACAUAUGGUCCUUCGACCAUAAUGAUCCCCAAGACUGCUGGAAGAUAUUCAUGGCAAGUCGCCAUGGCGCGGCGAUGGUCUGCGCUGGAUUGUUCGUAGACCACUGCUUCAAUCUCGCGUCCCUUGCCACUUGA